UGGCCGUGGCGGGACUUUUGUUGCUUCAAAUGAUUAUUCGACUCGAUACUGAUUAUGCUCCUGGCAAGAUGAAUAAUAAUCUGCACUUCUGUUCAAAAUUUUGAACGUAAGCUUCAAUGGAAAACGGUCAAAAUGAAAAUAACAUGUGCUGUCGAAAUAUCUAAUCGGGCUCAUGCUGGAACUACUAUUCGUAAUAAAAAGUACAAUGUUGCUACUUUGACUCUUUCUCAUACGUCUCACAGUGAGGAAAAUUCAAAUGAAGAUGUCACACUUAUUUUAUGUACUCGUCAAUAUCCCAAAGGAACAAAAUAUAAAGUCCACAAUAACAUAAAGAAAUUACUGACAAAAUUUAUCAGUAGUGGUAAAGCAACAAUACAGCUCAAAGAACCUCCACAUGACAUCUUAGUAAGUGGUGCUGAGCCCCAUCUGUUGAAAGAUUUGUUACGUGGAAUUGAUCUGGUCAUUAGAGGCAAAGAUACAGGACAUGUAAAAUUUUCUACGGCUCCAACUAAAUUUGAUCCAUCCAAGACGAAACUUACCAUUACAAAUUCAGUUGACUAUAUACGAAAUACUAAUUUCCCUAGCAGUCUCAUAACAUUACAGGUGGUGCAUUGCUCGUUGGCCAGAAUUGAUCAUCGUAUCUUAAAACUUAAAUAUCUUCAAGUUUUGAACUUGGCAUGUAACUGUAUCAAGGAGUUACCUCUUAGUUUGGCUGACAUUCCGUUAAAGCAACUGGAUCUCAACCAUAAUGAAAUCUCAACCUUUCCAAAAGCUUUAGCUGUUGGUGCUUUGGGUCAGAAUUUACGAUUCCUGAACCUAUCAUUUAAUAAGGUGUCGGAACUUUCUCCUUAUUUUUGCUUAAUGAAGAAAAUUGGUAAUCUUUUUCUAUGUGGAAAUCAGCUAAAACAACUACCUCAUAAUAUACAGUGUUUAGAAUCAUUGAAAAACUUAAGAGCUUCAAAGAAUAAUAUUCAGAUUUUACCAUUUGCAAUCUGUACCCUUCACUUGAAUACCUUAGACAUUUCUUAUAAUCCUAUUGAUACAAAUGCAGCAAGUUGCUUUAACAUGAUAAUGGAUACGCCAAGCUCUUUGUUGGAUUAUGCUGCUGGGGCCAUUGUUGAGCAAAAAGUUCCAUAUUCAAAAAAUGACAUUCCUCCUCAUUUGAUGGACUACCUUAUCAAUUAUUCUCUCUGUUUCUGCGGGAGAAAAGUGUUCCACAACAAAUUUUUUUAUGUUCGCUGUGUUUCCGACCAGAGCCAAAUUGCUACCAUUGUGAUCCACAACUUAAGUUCAUUUAAGGUGCCAUUGAAAGUCUAUUUCUGCUCACGCAAAUGUGGAGAAAAAUAAAAACUCAAGAAAAGUUUCAAACAACCACAAUAGCUUGAAAUCAUACAAUGUAAAUAAUUCUGUA